AUGCUUAGGUUCAAUGAAUUUGGCGAAAAUGGUGGCCCUGCUGUGACAGAGUUGAUUCCCAAGCUUGCUGUUGUCAAGAAACAUAUUUCAUCUCAAUUGGGGGUCAGGAUCCCUAACAUUGAUAUUUUUGUUGGGUGUCAUUUCACUUUGCUUGCUGUUCGCUUUCUGAUUCAGAGGGAUGAAGAACUUGAUUCCAAAGAGACAGCUCAAGAAGAAGACUCCCAAGGCAAAAGUGGGCUAGGCGAUUAUUUGAAAACGGUAAUCCCUUCGCAGCUCGUCUCCGACCGAGGCUCCAAUUUAGUAGUCAUCAAUCCAGGCUCUGCAAAUAUCCGAAUAGGAAUGGCUACACAAGAUACUCCCUUAAAUAUUCCUCAUUGCAUUGCUCGUUAUACCAAUCAAGUUCCCAAAUUUAAAGUCCAAGAUCAGAUGCUGAAUUCUCAAGUCACAACAGCACAGCACAUGGAACGAGAGAAGGCAUAUGAUACAAUAGCGUCGUUAUUGAAGAUACCUUUUCUGGAUGAAGAGGUUGCCAACAAUUCUUUCCCACGCAAGAUAGGACGUGGUGAUGGAUACAAUCCACAGAGUGGCAGGAGUGUUGCUUUUCCAUGGGCUAAUGUGUAUGUGCAGGAUACCGAUUCUUCUUUGGCAUUAGGAACAUCAAAAAAUGAAGGUAUAGGAGGUGAGUCUGUGGAGAAGCAUGUAGGCACUGAUGCUAGGGAGAUUAGUUCAGGGGACUGCAAAUUCAGAGGACAAAUUUUUGGUGAAGAAGCACUUAGAAUCGCCCCAAUAGAGCCAUACUGCAUAAGCCGUCCUAUUCGCAGAGGUCAUUUCAACAUUUCGCAACAUUAUCCUUUGCAGCAGGUGCUCGAGGACAUGCAUGCUAUUUGGGAUUGGAUAUUGACAGAGAAAUUGCAUAUCCCUCACUCAGAAAGAAACAUGUAUUCUGCAAUCCUUGUUUUGCCAGAAACAUUUGAUAAUCGUGCAGAAAUAAAGGAAAUGCUGUCUAUAGCAUUACGAGACUUGCGCUUUAGCUCAGCAGUAGUACACCAGGAAGGUCUUGCUGCAGUUUUUGGGAAUGGGUUAUCAACAGCAUGCAUUGUUACUAUGGGUGCUCAGGUGACAUCUGUUGUUUGCGUUGAGGAUGGCGUGGCUCUACCUAGUACGGAAAAGACUUUGCCUUUUGGUGGAGAGGUGCGGAUUCUGGUUUCACCCUUCAACUCACUACUGAAUGCUGAACUUACCUUAUCAUGGCAUGGUGAUAUAGGCAUCAACUCUGGGAAAAAACAAAGAGACAAGGAUGAUGGUAUCCUUAAUAUACCUGAAAUAGGAUAUAUCAAGAUGCCUUCUCUGGACCCAGAGGCAUCAUCAGACAUGGCCGCAAGAGGGGAGCUUGAUGCUGUUGCUGUAGUUCAUUCUUAUGAGGAUGGCAUGCCUGCUGGAUCUCACAGAACCCGACUGGCUGCUCUUAAUGUACCUCCCAUGGGUCUGUUCUACCCCACGCUUUUGGUUCCAGAUAUAUAUCCUCCCCCACCUUGUUCUUGGUUUCUUGACUAUGAGAAUAUGCUGGAAGAGACAUUGCAUUUAGAAUAUCCUAGAAGGCCUGACAUGUCAGAUGGUUUAUUUCCUGGUAUAAAUGUUGGAUAUCCAAUGUGGGAGAGCUAUCCAAUUUUUUCUUCAAAGCCAAAGAAAGAAGAGAAGGUUGGCCUUGCUGAAGCAAUCACUAGUAGCAUUCUUUCCACUGGUAAGAUUCAUAUUGGUGGAGUGGCUUUGACAGCUGGUCUUAUUCCUGCUGUGGAGGAAAGAGUUUUACAUGCAAUUCCCUCAAAUGAAGCAAUUGAUACUGUUGAGGUUCUACAGUCAAGAACAAAUCCAACUUUUGUGCCUUGGAAAGGCGGAGCUGGAGGAUUGGAUUCGCAAUGGGAUCCAUAUUCGAAGUGGCAGAAAAUACAAGGACUCUUAUUUUCUUCAAGCACAAGCAACAUGUUAUAUAAACUCUUAGAAGGUGACGGGAAGUAUGCUCUGAUUUAG